AUCUCAUGAAAAAUGAACCGCAUUGUAAUCAUUUUUCCCUUUUUGUUCUUCGCUAUUGUUUCGGCCAAAGUGAGAUCAUGGGACGACACGGCUUUUUCGGAAUGCAUGUCGUCUUGCAAAACAACAAUGGCAAAGGUCCCAACAAUGUUCGUCCAAAAAUCUGCUAAGGCCGAGCUCUACGACGCGGAGAGGGAGUUCAGGUGUUACAAGAAGUGCAAAAAGGAUGCAUCACCGGCAGAGAACAAACGCAUAAAACCAAAGAUUGAAUCGUUGGCGAAAGACUUGAAAUCGCUCUAUAAGCAAGUGAUGCGUUCAAAAAAAGUGUAAGAAAAUCAACUUGUGC